AUGAGCCGCGUCGUGAUGUCCCGCAGCCCAGCCUGCCACAGCCCACCCGCCAUUAGGAAACAAGAAGCAGGAGAGAACACGUCACCUCCGGAACGUUCUGGGAGCUGGCUGGUGGUGGCUAUCGGCGUCCUGGGCUGCAGGCUCUCCGAGGGAGGCGAUGUCUCCGGCUCCCGCCCCAACAUCCUGCUUUUCCUGGCGGACGACCUUGGCAUCGGGGACAUCGGCUGCUAUGGCAACGACACCAUCAGGAAUAAAACGAAUCGUGUUUUUCUCCGUAGGACUCCAAACAUCGACCGCCUCGCACGGGACGGCGUACGGCUCACCCAGCACCUCUCGGCGGCCUCCGUUUGCACCCCCAGCCGGGCCGCGUUCCUCACGGGCAGAUAUCCCCUCCGAUCAGGCAUGGUGUCCAGCCACGGCCAUCGCGUUCUCCUCUGGACCGCGGUCCCCGGAGGCCUUCCGACCAAUGAGACAACGUUCGCGAAAAUAUUGAAAGAUGGAGGCUAUGCUACGGGACUGAUAGGAAAAUGGCACGUGGGUCUCAACUGUGAAUCUUCCGAGGACCACUGCCACCACCCCCUCAACCACGGGUUUGACCAUUUCUUUGGGAUGCCUAUCAGCCUGAUGGCAGAUUGUGCUUCCUUUGAAAUAUCAGAAAAGCGGAGCGUCCUGGAGAGCAAACUCAACUUCUACAUGCAGCUGAUGGCCCUCGCUGCUCUAACACUCACGGCUGGGAAGAGCACCCACCUCCUGGCCAUCUCGUGGGCACCGGCCAUCUGGUCAACCCUUCUGGCCGUCUUGUUGUUUAUGGCUUCUCAUUUGAUCGGUGUGCUGAUUAUUCACGCGGACUGCUUUCUGAUGAGAAAUCACAGCAUCACCGAGCAGCCCAUGAACUUGUCAAGGACGACGUCUCUCUUCCUCAAGGAGGCCUCGACCUUUCUCAAAAGGAACAAGCAGGGACCUUUCCUUCUGUUUGUGUCCUUUCUACACGUCCACACCCCGCUCUUCACUACUGAGAAUUUCCUCGGGCAGAGCCUCCACGGGCUAUACGGGGACAAUGUGCAGGAGAUGGAUUGGAUGGUGGGGCAGAUCCUUGGUAUUCUGGACACAGAAGGUCUGACCAACAAGACGCUGGUUUACUUUGCGUCGGAUCACGGCGGAUCCUUGGAGUCUCAAGUGGGAGACCAGCAAUAUGGGGGCUGGAAUGGGAUCUACAAAGGCGGCAAAGGCAUGGGCGGCUGGGAGGGCGGCAUCAGGGUCCCCGGGAUCUUCCGGUGGCCCGGGGUGCUGCCCGCCGGCCGGGUGAUCACAGAGCCCACCAGCCUCAUGGACGUGUUCCCCACCGUGGUCCAGCUGGCGGGCGGCGAGGUGCCCCGGGACAGGGUGAUCGACGGCCGGGACCUGCUGCCUCUGCUCCUGGGAACCACGCAGCACUCGGACCACGAGUUCCUGAUGCAUUACUGUGAGGUGUUCCUGCAUGCAGCCCGCUGGCACCAACGGGACCGAGGAGCCGUCUGGAAGGUCCACUACACGACUCCGCGCUUCCAGCCCCAGGACGCCGGUGCCUGCUACGGGAGCACGGUCUGCCCCUGUUCCGGGCCCUCGGUGGCUCACCACGACCCCCCUUUGCUCUUCGACCUCUCCAGAGACCCGUCCGAGGCCCACGCCCUCACGCCGGACACGGAGCCCUCGUUCUACCAGGUGGUGGAGACAGUGGCACGGGCCGUGGAGGGCCACCGCCGCACCCUCCGGCCCGCGGCGCCGCAGCUGGACGGGCGCAACGCCUGGAGGCCCUGGCUGCAGCCGUGCUGUGGGCCGUUCCCGCUCUGCUGGUGCGACCACGAACCGGACGCAGACGCCCACGCGCAGACGCCGCCUCCCCGGGAACCCUGA